GAAAUUACAACUAUAUAAGGGAUGUGACCGAACUUAAUGAUAGUCUUGCCUUCGUGUGCAGUUGAUGGAAACCAUGAAAGUGCUCGUCGUGUUCAGUAUCCUGGCUAUCGGCGUCUACGCGCAGAGAGUUACCUUUAACGAAUGUGGCUCGAACGAGUAUUUUACGCUGAAACAAGUGGACCUCAAGGAUAAAAUUACUUUUCCUUCAAUUGUACGCGGCGAUGUACAUGCGGUGGUCAACAAAGACAUCCCAGCCGACGCUACGAUUUCAUUUCAGGUGUACAAAAUCAUAAACAUCUUUGGUGAGCGUAGAAUUAAAAUUCCAUGCGUCGGAAUAUACGGUUCAUGUGACUAUAAUCUGUGCAAAUUCAUCGCGAAAAAAACGGACCCGAUCGAGCCACGCUUCGACAUUUGCGUGCUAUGGCCAGAGGGUAUGCAAUGCGGGUGUCCAGUCUCCGAAGGAAUGGUUUUCAAAAAGCAGAAUGCUAAACUGCUCUUCCCUCAACUUUCAACAAUCGUCAAGCUUCUGAACAAGGGCAAAUACGUACUCAACAUUCAGUUAAGGGACGCUCAGCGACAGAGCUUGUACUGCGUCGACUUCAACGUCCAUAUUGGCUGAAGGGACAAUAGGUAGCAGGAAGUGAUUACAGGUCAAUAUUAUACAUCUAUGAAAGAAAAUGUAUUCGUGAUAGCUAGCAAAUAAACAGAGU